AUGAAACGCUUCAUUACUUUCCCCCCACGAUAUAUGAUGUUAAAAUAUAUCAUAUUGAUAUUCAACCUAACUACAUUUAAGUGUUGUACCAUACCAGUGAAAUGCUCAUAUUUUUCAAAGGCGACAGCCUUCGACACGAAACCCGAAAACAUACGAAGAACAGCACUUUAUGCGAUGUCAUACUGGCUCGUGCUCUGUGUGGAACCUGAGACCAAUGACACAGAAAAUGAUUUAAUUUACCAGUCCUCGUGUUCAGAGAUUUCCAUGGACAAUGUUCUGCUUAUACAGAGAUCGGCAGAGGAAAAGUUUGUAUUGUCAGCUCUGAUGUGGCGGGAAAACAAAAAGAGAGAGUUUGAGAGACUGGAUAUCAACUGGGAUUGUUUUGGACAAGUACACUUAGAUCUCUUUCCUAAUGCCAAGUUAGGCUUCAACGGGAGACAACUGCUGACGACAGCUGUCCAGUACAAGGGUUAUGUAGAGCUUGCUGAAGAGGGCGGUGACCUAAUUAUAGCAGGUGGUGUCUGUGGUGACAUCAUCCGGAUUCUGUGUAACAAACUGAAUUUUACAUAUCGGGUUAUUCCCCCUGAGGACGGACAAUGGGGGGUUCUGAGAGAGGACGGGAACUGGACGGGGAUGAUCGGGAUGCUGCAGAGAAGGGAAGUUGAUAUCGCAAUGGUACCACUCACAGUGCAAGAAGACCGCAAGAAAGUGGUGGAUUUCACCAUUCCUUUCUUCUAUUCAAAUUUUGCAUUCAUGAUGCGCAUGCCCGAUCCAAAGACAGUCAAGUGGAGAAUAUACUUGGAUAUGUUCUCUUCACCUGUUCUAGUUUCCAUAGUAACUGUUCUGGUUUUGUCGAGUUUACUGCUGUAUGCGAUGGAACACCUUGACUGGAUUUGGAAUGGAAGAAGACCCUCCGAAAGAAGAGAACUGAUAGAUAUUGUUGAGUACAUUUAUGGAGCACUGGUGCUACAAGCUGGCCACAGACUGCCCUCAUCUACAAGUGGUCGAGUGUUCACGUGCAUCUUCUGGAUAUCUUGUGUAUCUCUGGCGGCCGUGUAUUGCGGGAGCCUCGUGGCCACCAUGGCACUGGCUCGUAGAGAGAAAAUACACUUUGAAACUCUGGAGGAACUGGUCUCGCAAUCCGAGUACAAAUGGGGCUACAUUUCUGGAACUUAUUUGGAUUCUGUGCUUCAGAAAUCUAAUAUAGAAAUUUAUCAGAAAGUGUACCACGGAGCACGUGAAUUUGCGUUGGAAGAUCCAGAUGUGCUGUCCCUCAACGAUAAGGUCCACUUCCAAAAGUUAGUGACAGAAAAGUAUGUGUUUAUCUCCCCUGUCCCCCAUCUACAGAGGGUCAGUUUCUCGGACUGCCGGUCUCUGCUGUCCACAGAACGCUUCGUGGAGGAUAAUAGUGCAUUUGGUGUUCCUGAGGAUUCGCCUUUCAAAGAAAUUUUUUCUCUGAAAUUAGCGCAGCUGCAGGACAGUGGAAUCCUGUGGAGCAUCCACCAAAAGAACAAGCUACAAAACAAUUGCAGUGACGUAACACGGAUGCUGAAACAGCACACGAUUAAACCAGACGAUGUGCAGACGGCAUUCUUCAUUCUUUUGGCGGGAAUUUUCAUUGCCAGUGGCGUCUUGUGUUGUGAAUGUGCAUUGUCUUGGUGUAGGAAGACAAUAGAAUCAAAGAAAUGAAUUUCAGGUUGCUUCAAAUGGAAAUGCAAACAGUGUACAAACAAUUCAUUUAUUGGGACCAAACCAUAAGUACAUGUAAAUGUGUAUAUUUAAACCACUAUCAUUUUCAUUCAAAGAGUUGACAUCCAGGCAAUCAUUUUCUCACCUGAGCCACCCAGGUUUUAGAGACAUCUGAAGAUCUAUCA